CAUGACAGCUCAGCGCACUUUACAACAGAACAGCCAGCUGAUAUCAACCACUUAGCCAUACUGGUUACCACUUUCGCCUUGGUUCUCUCGUUCCUAGCCGUCAUAUUUCCAUAUCAUGUCUUCUGGAAAGGGACUUAUUAAGUAAUAUUAGGCAAUGCCAGCAUGGAGGUUGUAGUUAAGCGCUUUUACAGCUAUUUUGUCGGUGUAGUUACCAGGCUAGCUAGCUAAGUCAAGUUGAUAGCAAUACAUAUCAUCAAUGCUAGCUAGCUAAGUGGUAGCCGAUAUUUCCAAAGCUGGCAUCGAACAAACUUCACCGUUAGCAAUGGGGAUACUAUUUACGAAGCUAUGGCGGCUUUUCAAUCACCAAGAGCACAAAGUCAUUAUUGUUGGCCUGGACAAUGCGGGCAAGACUACCAUUCUUUACCAGUUCUCAAUGAAUGAGGUGGUGCACACUUCUCCCACAAUUGGAAGCAACGUGGAGGAAAUUGUGGUCAACAACACCCAUUUUCUGAUGUGGGACAUCGGAGGCCAGGAAUCUCUGAGGUCGUCCUGGAAUACGUACUACACCAACACAGAGUUUGUCAUCGUUGUGGUUGACAGCACAGACAGAGAGAGGAUCUCUGUGACCAAAGAAGAGCUCUACAGGAUGCUAGCACAUGAAGAUCUACGAAUAGCAGGUUUGUUGAUAUUUGCAAACAAGCAAGAUGUGAAUGUCUGCAUGACUGUGGAUGAAAUCUCCCAGAGCCUCCAGCUUACCUCCGUCAAAUACCACCAGUGGCACAUCCAGGCCUGUUGCCCUCACAGGGAGGGGUUGUGUCAAGGUCUUGAGUGGAUGAUGUCGCGUCCGUGUGAGAUGAUGACGACCCGCGUGAAUUUGUUUACAAGUGUGCCCGUUCUAUUUUUUAUUUUAUUUUUCUUGCCUCCAGACUAAAGGAUGCGACGAGGUCGGUCGUUGGGACGGCCUUCUCCUCGACAUCAUUUCCUUUGAAGCUGACAUGGACAGACAGUUGACGGGAUCUUGUAUUUUCCUGUAAUAAUUUAUUU